AUUAUCUUCUUCCUUGCUCCUUCGAAUUCUUUCCCACACAAGUCAAGUACCGCUAGCUAUGGAAGUGGCCACCACAGCUUCGAGCUUCGCGCUCCACUCGCGCAUGUUAGCACCGCCCACCCCAUACCGAACAUUAACUCCUCUACGUGCUCAGACGACGUAUUCUUCUUCUUCCUCUCUCCGAGCUUCUCUCUCAUCCAAUUUCCUCUCUCCCUUCGCCGGCGGCAGCCUCUCCGCAGAUUUUUCAGGCCAGAAACUUCGCCCCUCAUCUCUCAAUCCGGCUUUGUUUCGCAGCUCCAAUGCCAAAAGAGGCGUAGUCACUAUGGUUAUUCCAUUUUCCAGGGGAAGUGCAUGGGAGCAGCCCCCUCCAGAUUUGGCAUCAUACUUGUACAAAAAUCGAAUUGUGUACUUGGGCAUGUCUCUUGUCCCUUCUGUCACAGAGUUGAUACUAGCAGAGUUUCUAUACCUUCAGUAUGAAGAUGCUGACAAGCCUAUUUAUCUUUACAUAAACUCCACUGGAACAACCAAGGGUGGUGAAAAGUUGGGUUAUGAGACUGAAGCUUUUGCUAUAUACGAUGUUAUGGGGUAUGUGAAGCCCCCAAUAUUUACGCUCUGUGUUGGUAAUGCUUGGGGAGAAGCAGCCUUACUUUUGGCUGCUGGUGCAAAGGGAAACCGUUCUGCAUUGCCCUCCUCUACAAUUAUGAUGAAACAGCCCAUUGCAAGGUUUCAAGGUCAAGCUACAGAUGUUGAGCUUGCAAGAAAGGAAGUAAACAAUGUAAAGACAGAGUUGGUUAAUCUCUUUGCAAAGCAUAUUGGCAAAUCAGCUGAGCAAAUUGAAGCUGACAUCAGGCGCCCAAAAUAUUUUAGUCCCAGUGAGGCAGUUGAAUAUGGUGUCAUAGAUAAGGUAAUAUACAAUGAGAGAAGUACUGAAGAUAAGGGUGUUGUUUCUGAUCUGAAAAGGGCACAGCUUAUAUGACGUAGAAAGAAUGGAAAUCAUUAAUUCGAGAGAUUGAAGUUUAUGCAAUGAUUAGCUUCUAGAAUACCGGUGCAAUAGUUGCCCCAUGCAAGGAAAAAGGUCAAAAGCAUUGAGACAAACUUGCAGCAACGGAGGAUGUUCGCAGUGCAUGCAAUUUUGGAACCCAUAAAACACUGGGAAUUGGGGAUAAAAAAAUGUAUCAAUUAUCUGGCGCAGAAAUUAAAGAAUUGCAUUGUAUACAUGUUUCUUUUAACUUCAAUUUUUUUUUUGGCCAGAUUUGUUAGUGUGAAUGAAGCUCACAAGGAAAGUAAGUCUUGGACUA